GACAAACAUGCAGAAGAGGUGAGGAAAAAGGUACUAGCUUUGGCAGAUGCGGUGGAUCUGGACUGGUGUGUGAUAAAGGACGUGGAGGUGAUAGAGUUGAACAAGCGUGCGUCGGGCCAGGCCUUCGAGGUCAUCCUGAAGCCCCCGUCGUUCGAUGGCGUCCCAGAGCUCAACGCUACCAUGCCCCAACGCAGAGAACUCUCCAUGGAGGAGAUCCAGAAGAAACUAGAGGCUGCAGAGGAGAGGAGGAAGGUGAGGAGGACAGGGAGGGGAGAGGAGACACUAGGAGAAAGGAAGGAGGAGAGGAGACACUAGGAGACAGGGAGGAGAGGAGACACUAGGAGAAAGGAAGGAGGAGAGGAGACACUAGGAGACAGGAAGGGGAGAGGAGACACUAGGAGACAGGGAGGAGGAGAGGAUACACUAGGAGACAGGGAGGAGGAGAGGAGACACUAUGAGACAGGGAGGAGAAGAGGAGACACUAGGAGACAGGGAGCAGGAGAGGAGACACUAGGAGACAGGGAGGAGGAGAGGAGACACUAGGAGACAGGGAGCAGGAGAGGAGACACUAGGAGACAGGGAGAGGAGACACUAGGAGACAGGGAGGAGGAGAGGAGACACUAGGAGACAAGGAGGAGGAGAGGAGACACUAGGAGACAGGGAGGAGGAGAGGAGACACUAGGAGACAGGGAGGGGAGAGGAGACACUAGGAGACAGGGAGGGGGAGAGGAGACACUAGGAGACAGGGAGAGGAGAGGAUACACUAGGAGACAGGGAGAGGAGAGGAAAAACUAGGAGACAGGGAGGAGGAGAGGAGACACUAGGAGACAGGGAGGAAGAGAGGAGACACUAGGAGACAGGGAGGAGGAGAGGAGACACUAGGAGACAGGGAGUGGAGAGGAGACACUGGGAAACAGGGAGGAAGAGAGGAGACACUAGGAGACAGGGAGGAGGAGAGGAGACACUAGGAGACAGGGAGGAGGAGAGGAUACACUAGGAGACAGGGAGGAGGAGCGGAGACACUAGGAGACAGGGAGGGGAGGGGGAGAGGAGACACUAGGAGACAGGGAGGGGAGAAGAGACACUAGGAGACAGGGAGGAGAGGAGACACUAGGAGAAAGGAAGGAGGAGAGGAGACACUAGGAGACAGGAAGGGGAGAGGAGACACUAGGAGACAGGGAGGAGGAGAGGAGACACUAGGAGACAGGGAGGAGGAGAGGAGACACUAGGAGACAGGGAGGAGGAGAGGAGACACUAGGAGACAGGGAGGAGGAGAGGAGACACUAGGAGACAGGGAGGAGGAGAGGAGACACUAGGAGACAGGGAGGAGGAGAGGAGACACUAGGAGACAGGGAGGGGAGAGGAGACACUAGGAGACAGGGAGGAGAGGAGACACUAGGAGACAGGGAGGAGGAGAGGAGACACUAGGAGACAGGGAGGAGGAGAGGACACUAGGAGACACUAGGAGACAGGGAGGAGGAGAGAGACACUAGGAGACAGGGAGGGGAGAGGAGACACUAGGAGACAGGGAGGAGGAGAGGAGACACUAGGAGACAGGGGGGAUAGGAGACACUAGGAGACAGGGCGGGGAGAGGAGACACUAGGAGACAGGGAGCAGGAGAGGAGACACUAGGAGACAUGGAGGAGGAGAGGAGACACUAGGAAACAGGGAGGGGAGGAGGAGAGGAGACACUAGGAGACAGGGAGGAGGAGAGGAGACAGUAGGAGACAGGGAGGACACACACACACAUAAGCAUGCAUAGACACUCAUGCACGCACACAAACAUGCUCACCACGCACAAACACACACCAUAAUCCAUGUCUGAUGUAUCCUGAUACUCUCCUCACACCGCCAUCUAGUGCCAGGAGGCUGAGCUGCUGAAGCACCUGGCAGAGAAGAGAGAGCACGAGAGAGAGGUGAUCCAGAAGGCCUUUGAGGAGAACAACAACUUCAUCAAGAACGCCAAGGAGAAGCUGGAGCAGAAGAUGGAGGCCAACAAGGAGAACAGAGAGGCUCUGCUGGCGGCCAUGUUGGAACGACUGCAGGAGAAGGUGAUACUUUCUUUCUCUCGAGUUUCUUUCUCUUUCCCCCUUAGUCUUUUUGGUUUUCUCUUAGUUUUUAAAAGGAAGGGUUAAGGCUCUCCUUUUUAUUUUCCCCUUAUUUUUAUCACUUUAUUUUUAUUUUUUAUUUUUUUUUUGGUAGUUAUAUGAAUUUUUAAAAUUUUUUAAUUAAAAUUUCUUUUUUAGUAUAUUUAUUUUUAGUUUUAUUUAUUUAAAUUAUAUUAAAUCCCCCUUUAUAUGUAGAUUUCUACUAUUUUAAUAUAAAUUUGUUUAGUUAUUUUUUAGUUCAUUCUUUAGUAUUUUUUGUUUUAGUUUAAUAAAUUUUCAUUAAUUUAUUGUGUUUUUAAAAAAAAUUCCCUUGAACCCCCUUUUUUAGUUUUAAAAAAACAAAAAAAGGGAAAAAAAGCAAGCCCAAAAAAAAAGGGGGGAAAAAAAACAAAGCGAAAAAAACCCGAAAAAGACCUUUCUGGAUUUAAAAAUUUAAAAGAGUGGGGGGAAGCAAAAGGAAAAAACAAAGGGGAAAGGGAAGGGAAAAGAGAAAGAAUAACUUUUUCCCCCUUUUCGCUUUUUUUCCCCCUUUUUUUUUUUUUUUCCCCCCCUCCAAAAAGGGAAGGUUAGCUACUUUCUCUCUCUUUAUUCUCUCUCCAGUUUGUCUGUUUGUCUCUGUCUGUCUCUCUGAUUGUCUCUGUCUCUCUGUCCGUCUCUCUGUCUCUCUCUCUCUCAGGAGAAGUUGAUGUUUAUCUCUUUCUCUAUUUCCUUCUAGUCUCUCUGUUUCUCUCUCUAGGGUCUCUCUAUCUUGUUCUCCCUGUAGUCUCUUUCACUCUCUAUUUCUAUCUUUCUCUCUCCCUUUAGUUCAUCUACUCUAACUCUCUUUUUAGUCUCCAACUCUCUAAAAAUGUGCAUUAACACAAACUCUCAUUUAUCGUAUAUUCCUCCUUUCUAAGAUCUCAAACCUCAUAUUAUGCAGACACUGAACAUAUUUUUGUUUCUAGCUUGUCUAAGUUUUUUGUCUGGUCAUUCCCGUGUUCAGUACCUCCCUUGAGAACCUUAGGAGUUUUUGUUUUAUUCUGUUCAUGUCUUGGUUUUACCGAAAUUAAUGCAAAUAUAUUCCUAAAUGUAAAUAUUGUUGUUGUUGUUGUUGUUUUCCGUGUGGCAGAAUAAACACGGAGAAGAGGUGAGGAAGAACAAAGAACUGAAGGAGGCAGCGAGGGAGAGAGAACCGAGCAGUGGUUUUGUGAGUCAAUAAAAAAAAGAGAGAUCAAUACAAUGAGAGAAAAGAAAACUAAAAUAACCUUGAACCUUGAACCUUGAACCCAGGAGUUAAUGUAUGCAGCAACGAUUUGGACCAAGCGCACAAAACUAAAACAGGGAUUCAAGGUAAACAUAAAACAAAAAUGUAGUGGUGAAAAUACAAGAGAGAAGGAGAUGUGUCUGGCUGGCAAUGUAAAGGUGCACCAGAGUGGGAGGAAGGGAGAGAGUGGAUCUGGGUGUGAGGGGAUGUUGUGAUGAUGAUGAUGAUGUUAAUUAUGUGGGAACAGAGAGAGUGAAGCUGGUGUUUGUGGUGAAACACAGUGGAGUGGUAGGUUAUCAAUAUGUGGUGCCGGAGUCAGCGCCAAAACAUACAGUAUCACACCCUAAAAGCCCACUAUCCCAGAGCGGACUGAACACACCCUAAGAGCCCACUAUCCCAGAGC